AACGUCAGAUGGCUCUCGUGAGAUUGUGGAGGAUGCAAGUGAUUUUGUCAGUACCGAAGCCACUGAUGCCGCUUCAGACGGGCUCUUUGAGUCACAAGAAACGUCAUGUCCGAUGGAUUUCCCAUUCGUUUACUUGAAUGGCGCUUUCUGCUGUGCGAAUAGUUUGAACAAUUUCAAUGAACCUGAGCCAAUCGAUGUCGCAAGCACAAGCUGCCUGAACGACAACUUUACACCAUGCCCAGAUGGCACCAAUUGUGUCAAUGGUGAUAUAGAGUCUAAUUCCGAUUCUGCGUCCGAUGUGGAGAGCAGCGCAACUACUGAUGUUUCCGAACCAACGGAUGGCUCUCGUGAAAUCAUCGAUGAUGGCGGCAUUCUCGUGACAGAUUCUGUUACCGAUACUCUACCAACGGACCGAGUUGUAUCGGCAGCCGCCAGUGAUGCGAUUCUCGUGACUGUCGGCGGCGAUGUUGCCAGUGAAUUAGGCACCAGUGAUGACCUUUUCAUCCCUACAACCGAUGUAAAAAUAGAGGAGGCAACGGAUUCUGUGGAAAGUGCAGCCACUGAUGCCUCAGAAUCAACAAAUGGUUCUCAGGAAAUUGUCGACAGCGGUGAUAUAUUGGCGACGGGUGCUGUGUUAGAUUCUGUUGCUGAUGCUAUACCUACGGACGGAGUUGUAUCAGCAGCUGCUAGUGAAGCGGUUCCCGUCUCUGUCGGAUCUGAUGUCGCCAGUGAGUUAGGCGCAAGCGAAGGUAUUAUCAUUCCAGCUACAGACGCGGAGAUAGGCGCGGCAACAGAAGUGGAGGAAAGUGCAGCCACUGAUGCUGCCGAACCAACAGAUGGGUCGCGCGAGAUUGUGGAGGAUGUAAGUGUUAGUGUUAGUGCCGAAGCUACCGAUGCUGCUUCCGACGGAGUUGUGCCUGCGGUUGUGCCUCAACAGGCGAUAGGCACCCCGUGCCCUGCUGAUUUCCCCUUUGCCUACGCGAACGGAGCCUUCUGCUGUGCCACUGGAUUGAAUAACUUUGCUCAACCUGAACCGAUCGAUAUCACCAGUCCAAGUUGUCAAGGUGAUAACUUCACGCCAUGUCCCGAUGAAACCAACUGUGUUAACGCAUUUGAGGGAGCGGUCGUCCCCGACGUUGUUUCCGAUGUUGUUUCCGUAGAUGCUACAGAUUUUGAAGUCGCCACUGAUGUUUCCGAACCCACGGAUGGUUCCCGAGAGAUCGUCGAUGUAGGUCCGAGCGACGCUGUUGCCACUGAUGGAAUCAUAGAGGCACCAGUCAGUGAGGCUGUACCCGUCUCCGUUGCAGGUGAUGUUGCCAGUGAGUUAGGUGCAAGCGAAGGUCUUUUGGUACCAGCCACAGACGACGUUCAGCCCACAGAUGGCGUGAGUGAGAAUAUCAACGCUCAAGAAACCGACGGUUCACGAGAGAUAGUAGAGAACGAGAGCGAUGCUGUCAGUGUCGAUGCCACCGAUGCCCUUUCCGGAAAUGUAGAAGUGCGCAAUGUCCCAUGUCCUGCAGACUUCCCAUACGCAUACUUGAACGGCGCAUACUGCUGCGGAACUGGAUUAGAUAAUGCUUCGCCACCCGCAGGGAUCACGUUUUCCAGUGAGAGCUGUCAAAAUGACAGCUUCACACCAUGUUCCGAAGGAAAUAGCUGUGUGAAUAAUAACAACGUAGCGAUGGUGUUCGGCACGGCACCCCUUAGUGAGUUCGUUCCAGCCACUGAGGCCAUCGUUGACACGGUCACUGACGCCAUCGAACCGACAGCUGAUGCGAGUGAGAUAAUUGACACAAAUACAGUCGCUGUUGAGCCCACCGCUGUUGCGAGUGAAAUAGUCGAAGUUGUACAAGCUUCUGAACCACUCGCAAGUGCCCUGGAGACUGAUGCUCGGCGUGAACUAGUAGAGACCGAUAGUGAUACGGUCGUGGCCGCUAUCACCGAUACCGUUUCGGAUGAAGUGGUAGUUGCACCACUGCCUGUUGCCACCGAACCUGUGUCAGAAGUAGCAGUGAGUACUCCAUGUCCCGUGGACUUCCCCUUCGUGUACGCGGAUGGCGCUUACUGCUGCGCGACGGGUUUGAAUAAUUUCAUCAAUCCCGAACCGAUCGAUAAAUCCAGUCCAAGUUGUCAGAACAACAACUUCACGCCAUGUCCCGAUGGAACUGAUUGUGUCAAUGCCUUUGACGCUGAGGGUGUGGUAGUAGAGUCAGUGGCAGUCGAUGCGGCUAGCGAGGCCGAUGAAGUUGUGCCGGCUACGGAAUCUAUUCCAAGUGCACAGGAAACUGAUGCCGCGCGUGAAAUAGUGGACGCCCCCAGCGAUGCCAUUAUCACCGACGCCGUUUCGGAUGAAGUAGUAGUUGCACCACUGCCUGUUGCCACCGAACCUGUGUCAGAAUCCAGCCCGAGUUGUCAAGAUAAUAACUUUACGCCAUGUCCUGAUGGUACCAACUGCGAGAAUGCGGUUGGUACCCCAAUCGAAACCGUUCCGGAUGUUCUGCAAUCAGAUGCGGCGCCAGAUGUAGUGGAAACUACAACCACUACCUUCGUUACCAAUACGGCUUCAGUAGAAGUGAUUGAAUCCCAGACGACCGGUACCCCAUGCCCUGCAGACUUCCCCUUUGCUUACCUCAACGGCGCUUAUUGUUGCGCAACCGGAUUGAACAACUUCAUCGAGCCUCAACCGAUUGAUUCCACCAGCCCAAGUUGCCAGGGCAACAAUUUCACGCCAUGCCCCAAUGGAACUGACUGUGUCAAUGCGUUUUCCUAGGAGAUCUUUCACCACUUCGUGUAGGCAAAAUGUUUCUUAAUGAAGCAGUAGAGGUCCAUAUGUGGACAAGGAAGGUGGGUAUGCAUACCUCCUGGGUAUGCAUACCUCCUGGGUAUGCAUACCUCCUGUGAUGCGCACCAUAUCAACAGCCGGAUCUUUGGCCGCGCCAUGUCUACCACAUUGUCUGGACUGACAUUUGUAGAGCGCGCCACAGGAAGUGUAGCGCUCAAUAUUGAAUUUAGUUAAACCACUAGUGGUCUCAGACGGCGUCAUAUGAACCAUGAUUGUAUAUAAAUUCUGAACGAUUAAAUUAUUUAUCUAUAAUGA